CUCUCUCUCUCUCUCUCUCUCUUCGCCUCUUUUCCAUUUUGCACAUUUCAAUGCUUCCUUCCUUCCUCUUACAUUACACCUCUGUUUCUUCUUUGUCCCUUUGAUCACUCACUCACUCCCUUCGCUCCAUUUCUUCUGAAAUUCCCAUCUCUUCUUCCCUUCUAAAUCUUCUCUCGUUUUCCUGUUUCUCAUCUUCCAAUCCGCCUCCAUUCUGCUUCCAUUCGAGGGAAUGUAAAAGCUGUUGGAACAAUCAAACUUGCUAAUCCAUAGAAAAUUCUCCAGUUCGUCUACGAUCUAUUUGCUCCAAAUUGAUAUUUGGCUGUUGGGCGUCAAUGAAAUGAGGAUAUGAUGUCAUCAUGUCACUUCUACUCGAGAGAAUUCAAGGAAGAGCCUAUUUAUGAGCACCAAGCUUAUCCUGUCUUGCCGUGGUUCAUUUAUUAUCAGCACAAUGUGCCCGUGAAGUAUAGAUAUAUUUACUACGCUUCUUCCAUGCUAGGGCCAUUUAUCAUUUCCUGAUCUUGUUCGUGUAAACUACAGGUUCUAUUUGAGAAAAGACUUCUCAAAAACUUUCAAAGAAGGGUUCAAAGAAUGCUGGAACCGGAGUUUUGUGCUUCUAGAAUUCAGUCUCCUUUUCGUGAGGAGAGUUGGGAUGAAGAGCUUUCAGUUCUUCCAAGGCACACUAAAGUUAUUGUCACUGGAAAUAACAGAACAAAGUCUGUUUUACUGGGAUUGCAAGGCGUAGUUAAGAAGGCUGUUGGCCUUGGAGGCUGGCAUUGGCUGGUUUUGAAAAAUGGGGUUGAAGUGAAGCUGCAAAGGAAUGCACUGAGUGUGCUGGAACAUCCCACAGGAAACAAAAAUGAUGAUCAUGAUUUGGACAACUCAAGUUGUAGCUCCGACAUGGGUGAGAAGGACAAUGAUCUGUCUAGCAGCAUUGUUUUCCACAAACUUAGCAAACAAAAAGUGAGGCAAAUUAGGCCAUGGGCUCCAUCUUCAUCGGCAAAGCCAACAGGUCGGGGCAGCUGUGGGGAAAUUCAAUCUAUUCACAUGCCGAAGCUGGUCACGCGGGUGAAACUGGGGAAACUAGGAACAGAAUCUUUGUGGAGAUACAUCAGGCACUUCAAUCUAGUGAAUAGCAUUUCAAAUGCUUCAAGGGACCAAAUCCUUCACGUUGUGCAGCGACAUUUUGCAUUACAGACGAGCUUGAACGAGGCAUCGGUGAUGACUGAAUUCAUUCGCACUGUUAAGAGACGAAGGGAGUGAAUCGAGUGACAGCAAGCGAGAGUGAAUGAUGAUUGAAAAGUGAUUUCACAUAAAUGUAUGUUUGUAUAGUGAUUAUGUCUGUUAAAUGCUAACUAUAACUUGUAGCUUCUAACUUCUAACACUCGACCUUGAUUACUACCUAGACCCGUAAUAUAUUUUUAGCUUCUUUCUCUUC